GCUUUGUUUAACUACCUAUAUGGGCAUCAUAAGAUGACCAUCUACCUCAGUGUAGUUAUAGAAUGAGCAUUAGUAGCAUGUUAAAAUCUUAAGUUAUUAACAUUUUGAAACCCUUGUUAUACUGCAGUCCAUAAAUCUUUGCUUGCAGUAUUUUUUAACUCUAAAAAUUAGAAAUCAGGUAUAUUUACCUUUUAUUUUCUUUGAAACAUUUUUAAGUUUAUUCCUAAUUUUGACUCCCUAAGAUCUACUUAAUUUAUUGUUAAGUUUUAUUUUUAAAGUCCUUGAAGGUAAAUGGUUCACUCCAUAUACACCUAACACAGAAACCUUCAAAUAAAUGCAUGAUGAUGUUUUUCUUUUAAAUAAAUGACUAGGUUACUUUUAUUUCUUCAGUACUAACUUCCUAUUGGUAACUUGGGGCAAAAAAAAAAGAAAUCCCUCUUUGUAUUCCAGUAUACCAAGGGUUACAAUGGAUUUUUUUUUUCUUUUUCUUUUUCUUUUUUUUUUCUUUUUUUUUGGUGGAAAUUGAAGAUUUCCUGUAGCUUAGGUGCCAGAUGGGCACUGGGUGUUUUGUAUUUAUGCCAGAUUUUCUUGUUCAUUCUUGUUAUAUUUUCUAGAAUAUCUCUAAAUAAUAAAUUCUUCUCUCUGUUAUUUGUGUGUGUGAUUUUUGUAGUGGAGAAGGCAAAUGCAAAACCCUUCCAGAUGACUGAAAAACAGUGGGUCCUCUGCAGCUACAGGGGAUUCUAGACAUUAACUAAAGGCCAGCAAGCACUCAAGCCCCCCAAGUGUUUUCCUGGUGUAACCAUAUGUUAACUACAUUUUCUCUCUUUUUACAUUUUAGGCUGUUAAAGUAAUUUGACAGAAAAAAAUGCAGGUUUUUUGGACCUAUAAAUGCCACUGUGACGAGACAGCACUAUUAUGCCAUUUUGUAAAAUUUUCUAAGGCAUAUUUUAUAAUUAGUUUGUUCCCAGUGUACUGCUACUUGAUUUGCUUUUUGGUAACUAUAAAUUUUUAUCAAAGAAAUCAUUGACAUGAUAAGAAACUUACUGGAUUUUAAGUUUAAAAAUUAAUAUACUGACCAGAAUUUACCUGCCUUACCCUUGUUUUAGUAAACUGGUCAGUGGAAACAGUCUUGUUAAUUGUUGAAUUUAGAUGCGAUCUUUGAAUACAAAUGUUUAGAUUUGCACCAUACCUUGUAAGAGUUGUGGAAUGUCUAAACUCAAAAAAAUUACCUUUGGUUUUCAAAAGUAUAUUCGAGGUGGGUUAAGGCAUGCUAUAUCAUAACAGUACAACUAUUUCCAUAAUAAAGUGUUUGAGCCCAAUUUCAUAGAUUUAUAGAUAUUUUGAUUUUUGAGUUAGUAUGUUUGGGUUCAGCAAUUUCUUUUAUGUUAGUCUGCCUGCUGUGUGAUAAGACUUGACCACCAAAAAAAAAAUUUACAGAAUUCAGAUUCAAGAUGAGAAAAAUAUACAGGUGAUAGGUCUUAUAACAAAGGUCAUAUAAUGUAAUUUACAAAAUGUUAUAGUUAAUCUUUAAUUUUAAUCAAUUCUUUACUGGCUAAGUAUUAUAGUUCUCAAGCCUGGGACAUAGUACAGUAUAUCAUAACUGGUUUUUAUAAGCAAUAUUAGACCACAGUCGUUUUUUGUAGAUUAGUCUUGAAAGUGAAGUUUGGGGGAUUAUAUGUAGAAUUGAUAGAAAUAUUUAGCUUAGAAAUUUAUAUUUGUUGUAUUUAUUUGUAGUAUGAUAUGCUGUAUUAAUGUUACCUCCUCAAGUAAAUUGAUGUAUUCACUCCCUUUGUCACCAUUCACUCCAGUUUUAGCUCUUACACUUGGGUGUUGGUUGCUCAGUGUUUUAGAACAAUAGACACAAAGUAUACGGUAAGGUAUAGUCUUAAUUGGUAAGAAUGAGAUAGCUAGAUUUUGAAGGGACUCUUAAUAGUAAUGGAUUUGGGGGGUAUCUAGGUUCCUUGGUUAAUGUUUGUUUCUUUUGUCUGUUUCUUUUUUCUUUCAUUUCUACACAUUCAUGCAGUAUUUCAUGGUUCUAUCAAAGCAGCAGUAAAAAAAAUACUCUUGACGCAUGAAAAUUAACUGUUCUUUUCCCUGGUUCAGCCUGAACUAUAUACCAGGCCCUGCUGAAAAUACCACCCAACAGUUUUCUUCUGCAGCUUAUCCAGUUUCUCUUAAGUGCCCUGUACAUAUUGUAUGUUUUAUGAUGAGAUGCAGUUUCUUAAUAUGUAUUACAGAAAUACUACUGGUAUUUGCAAAUAUGUAGUUUAAUUGUAUUAUUGAACUCUCAUUUCGGGGGCUUGGGCACAUUAACAGAUUAAUCCAUCUGUAUAGGGCUUUUGCUGUUGGAUAGAAUUUAAAUUGUCUACAUAAAUUGUCUUAGGACCCUUAGAUUUUAUCUGAAUACACAGAUUAGGCUUUAAAAACAGACAUAUAUGUCAUUUUUGGCUUACGGAGUUUGGCUAAGUUAGCUUUUGAACUGACACUGUAUAGCAGCAUUUUUUGGUAUGGGUUAGCAUGGCACAUGUGGGGACAUAAAGCAUUUUACAGGUAAGGAAUGUGCCAUGUUAUUUUACCUGUUCUCUCUUUCUCACUCACUUCCCCCCACACACACACACACAUCCAGUGUGUAUUCAGAGACCUUCAGAAACAUUCGUAUUCAUGAAUCAGCAAAAGCCCUACGCUUGAUUCCAACAGAAUAUUUCCUUUACAUUUCUUUUCUUAAAUUUUACAAAAUUUGUAUGGUAGGUGUAAAGAAAAUCAUAGUAACUGUACCAUAUUAUUAACCCCUAAAUCAAACUUUUUUUGUCUUGUGUAUCUUGAUUUUUCUGUGUGCUUUAUAGUGAAGCAGCCGACACGAGUCGUUGUUCAUAAAACAGCUUUUGAAAGUUGAGAGCACACCCCUGGAGAACCGACUGUGCUUGCUUACGUUUGGUUCAUGACUUAAAAAUCGAGUACAGGUGAUGAAAUCUUGGCAGUGUUAACAAACAAGUAGUGUGUAUUGUGCUAUUUUUUUUUAUUCUAGAAACUUAACCAUAUGUAGAGAAAAAGGAAACAAAUUUUCACACAUUGAAGUUUUCAUUCUGACAUAAAAUUAAUAAUAAAUAAUCAUAGAGAUCAAGCUUUAUAUUUUAGCGAACAUAAAGUACUUUCAGCAAACUCAGGUGGUGUAUCAGGGAGACAUUUUCUGGGUGUUUUUGUGUGUUUUCUGUCUUACAAGAGAGUGUGUUCUCAUGCAUGGAUGUUUCUCUGCAGGAGUUAUUCCUGAUGAGACUAAGGCUUUGUCUCUGUUGGCACCAGCUAAUGCAGUGGCAGGUCUUCUGCCUGGUGGUGGACUCCUGCCUACACCUAACCCACUUACACAGAUUGGCGCUGUUCCAUUGGCUGCUUUAGGAGCUCCUACUCUUGAUCCUGCCCUUGCUGCACUUGGGCUUCCUGGAGCAAACUUGAACUCCCAGUCUCUUGCUGCAGAUCAGUUGCUGAAGCUUAUGAGUACUGUUGAUCCCAAGUUGAAUCAUGUAGCUGCUGGUCUUGUUUCACCAAGUCUGAAAUCAGAUACCUCUAGUAAAGAAAUAGAGGAAGCCAUGAAAAGAGUACGAGAAGCCCAGUCCCUGAUAUCUGCUGCUAUAGAGCCAGAUAAAAAAGAAGAAAAAAGAAGGCAUUCAAGAUCAAGAUCACGUUCUCGGAGGAGGCGAACUCCCUCAUCUUCUAGACACAGGCGAUCAAGAAGCAGGUCCAGGAGGCGAUCACAUUCUAAAUCAAGGAGUAGGCGACGAUCCAAAAGUCCAAGACGGAGAAGAUCUCAUUCCAGAGAGAGAGGUAGACGGUCAAGGAGCACAUCAAAAACCAGAGAUAAAAAGAAGGAAGACAAAGAAAAGAAACGUUCCAAAACACCACCAAAAAGUUACAGCACAGCCAGACGUUCUAGAAGUGCAAGCAGUUUGCACAUUUCUGAUUUUAGAGAGAGACGAAGAAGAAGAAGCCGAAGUGGAACAAGAUCUCCUAAAAAGCCUAGGUCUCCUAAAAGAAAAUUGUCUCGCUCACCAUCCCCUAGAAGACAUAAAAAGGAGAAGAAGAAAGAUAAAGACAAAGAAAGAAGCAGAGAUGAAAGGGAACGAUCAACAAGCAAAAAGAAGAAAAGUAAAGAUAAGGAAAAAGAUCGGGAAAAAAAAUCAGAGAGUGAUAAAGAUGUAAAACAGGUUACACGGGAUUAUGAUGAAGAAGAACAGGGCUAUGACAGUGAAAAGGAGAAGAAAGAAGAGAAGAAAUCAGCAGAAGCUGGUUCCCCUAAAGCCAAGGAAUGUUCAGUUGACAAGGGAACUGGUGAUUCAAUAAGAGAAUCCAAAGUGAAUGGGGAUGAUCAUCAUGAAGAAGACAUGGAUAUGAGUGACUGAAUAUUGCCUCUGUGGGAAUCCAGCUGUACACAUGCAUCAGUGUCAUUCCUUUGUGUGAUUUUUAAUGCUGUAAUUGUUCAUCUCAAACUUAGAUGUAUACAGCUCAAAAUUACAAAUGGUUAUAAAGUUUCUGAUACUGAUACUGAUAGUUAUUACAUCAAAAAGCUUUCAGAAAAUGGUAACCAACUUUGUCAUGGUGAAUCUGACUGAGUAACGAAGCAGUUUUACGAAAAGCUGCAUGCAUCUACAGCAGGCAUGGAUUGUUUAUGUUGUAUAAUCCCUUUUAUUAAGUAAGUUCACUUAUAGUAAUUCUAGAAUUUGAGUCAUUGCUGUAAUAGAGCCAUGUAGGGAAUGCACUGAUUGCAUGUUACUGUGGCAAGAAUAUCCUAAAUGUCAUUAAAAAUCCUCCAACAUGAUGGAUCUACUUAUGGUCUUGUUGACAUGACAAAUUAACAUUCUUAGAGCUACAUCUGGAAACAAAUUUGAAGUAGAUAAUCCUUUAAGCCUUAUGGCUAAAUUUUGUGGCUUUGUUUAACUUAGAAAGGUUAUAUAUGCACUAACCUUUUUUAUGGCUAAUUAGUCUUUAAUUACACAAACAAGAUUUCAGAUGAAACUUCUCGGUGAGUAAAUAGCAAAAUAUUUUGAAGUAGAAUUAUAUACUUUUCCAUAGGUAUUUAGGAUUUUUUUUUCCCUGCAGUAAUUUAUUUCAUAUUUGCAUCCAUGAAAGCUAUCAACUUAUCCUGCUGCAUCUGUUUAAAAAAGAAAAAAAAGUUUUCUUGUCCUGAUUUCAGUUUUCCACUUUGGUUUGUUUUAAGCUCACUCUUGAGGGAGAAAAAAAAAAAGGAUAGUGCAUUUUUAAAUGACUUUCACAAGCAUUUUAAGACAAAUUACUUGAUGAUGUACUUUUAUUUGAUCUCAAGUUGUAUAAAAACCAAUUUGUGUUACUCUUACUGCAUAGUAAUCUUAUGCACAGUGAUUCCAUGUUAUAUGCGUAGUUAGGUAACUGUUUUCUUAGUUACAGGAUUUCAAGCUUCACUUUUGUGCAGUUAAAACAAAAGUAGGCUACAGUCUGUGCCAUGUUGAUGUACAGUUUCUGGAAUUGUUUUACAUGACUUUGAUAAUAAAACCCUUAAACUUA